AUGAUGAAGAAGCAAUUGCGCACCGCUGGACAGCGCGUGCGCCAGGCCGAUGAAUAUUUGCAAGUCAUAUUGGACAAGAGCCGCGAUUUCUGCAAGGUGAGCGGCUUUGAGUUUGCGACCGAGUAUGAAGGUGUUGCUGGUGUCAACAUAAAGGACGAAGAGAAUGAUAUGCUGAUUGCUGAGGGAAAGCAAAAGGAGACAAGGUAG